AUGGUUCAAGUUACUCAAAGACGCGAUGGAUACAGCCACACUCCACUCGCACAGAAACACAGUCAACGCCUUCACCAGAAACAACGUAUGGCUCAAGCUAUAGCCAUGCUCCCUAAACCACCCGCAUACACUCAACUCCCUCCCACUCAACCUACCUGGAACAGAGCACCCGGUUCUCAACGCCGUUCCAUUGAUCUAUCCACAAUUCCUCCCCCUGUUAUCGACUCUCAAGCUCAGGCCAAUGCACGCGCUUGGAUGGAGCAACAGAAGUUACAACAGAUUCAAUUUGAGCAAAUGGAGUUGUUUGAACAGCAGCAGAGAGAGCACCACUUGAGACAACAGCAACAGCAACAACAACAACAACAACCUCAAACCCACGCCGUCACUCUCCACUCCUUUGCCGCUGAAGCUAUUUGGGACCUCUGUUACGCCUCUUCUCCCGCUUUUGGUCAUAACAACUCAAACGCCGUCAUGGAAUACAGAACUCCUUCUGUCUCUGUUUACGCUGGCAGCGAGGAUGUCUACGGCAGACCAAAACUCAACCCAACCACAGAAUUUAGGAGAUGGACUUACUCAAUCUUGACACAGACUGCUCUUUCAAAGCAAGCACUCUUUUUGGCCCUCUUCUACGCCUCAAGAUUACCCAUCCACUCUUCACCAAACUUCUCCACUUCCAUCGAUAGCGCUCCUUAUCGUCUACUCACCAUCACUCUCGCUUUCGCUAAUAGAUGGCUAGAUGAUAACACUUACACCAACAAAACUUGGUCUCAAGUUACUGGUUUGAGUUUGAGUGAUAUUGGUUGUUUGGAUAUGUGGUCACUCGUCGACCAAGGUUUGAACCUCAACGUUGGUACUGAUGAGUGGACUAAUUGGAUGUACAAGAUCAGACAUAGAGAGGAGAGGAUCUACCAAGAAAUGAAACUCAAGGGUGAAGACACGAGUGAAACAAAGCUAGUAAUCGCUGCUGUUGACGAUUGUUUGAAAAAACAAUUCAAGGCUGACUACCUUCACUCGAUGGAAUUCUCAAAGCAAGCCGUCGAAGCUAGACAUCGUUACUCCCCAGUUACCGAUGUUCCUCUCGUACCCAACUACGACUAUGGUCACAUUGAUCUCGACCAAGAUGGUCCGUUGCGUCAAGUGCAUCAUACUAGUAGUGCGAGGAAUAGCAUGAGUAUGGGCAACUAUAUGAGUAUUGACGGUGGUUAUGACGCUAAUGCGGUCGCAGCUGCUGCAUCUGCUGCAUCUUACAAUAUGUACAUGCAACCUCAACCGGCUCAACACGCACACAUUCAACCACAGGUUCAAUCCCACGUUCAAGUUCCUCACCAUGUCAAAUACGACGAUGAAAGCUGGGGCCGUAUGGGUAACAAACCUCACUAUCACACUAACCAACCACCUCAAUUCUACUAUCACCAACCAACUCUUGGUGGUGGACUAGGAUUGGGAGGAUUCCAAUUAGCUGACUACCGCCGUGGUGUGGCGGCUUAG